CGGGUGGCGUUUUGGUAUAACUGUAUAACCUUGCCUAAAUAUGGAGUAUAUUACCUAAAUAUGGACCGCCCAACUUGCCACCGCGAGAUGGCUGCAACGCCGCCAUAUCUCGCGGAAUUGCCAUCAUUUCUUUUGCUUUUCCGCAGUCGAUCUGUAAUAUUCCCGAAUCCUACUUGAAACUCCGUCGAGAUAUCAGCAGAAGAAGUUAUUCUUGCUAUUUUUAAAGAGGACAUAACGUUAAUUAAGAGGAUGACCUCCGGAGCGAUGUGGGGAUUUGAGAGGUUAAGGAGAGGCGUAAAGAUAUUGUAUUUCAUGGUGGCGAUGGUGGCUUCUCUGCUGGUGAUAUCUUCCCCUGUGCUGGUGGCGAUAGGUGACAUGAUAGUGCAGUGCGUAUUGAUUUCGUGCUUCACGUGCAUCAGUGGUUACAGUUUUCAAGAACACUUGCAUAUAUACACAUUCAAGAGUUCAUUAACUGACAUUCCUCUAGUUUCAAUCAUCAGAUCUCUCGUCAUCACCUGUGUGUAUUCUUUGUGCAAUGGCGCUUCCCUCUCUCACGAAACCUAUCUUGGAGCCGUGACAUUUUGUUCAGUCAUUUCAGUUCUUCUUCUUUCCAUCAAGGCUUGUGUUUUUUCUGUCAAUUCUUACCUGGAAGCUGAAGCUUCAAUCUCCAUCUCACGGCAAAAGUUUCAUUUGAUGAAGUCAUGGGGGAUGCCAGUCUUGUUUCUCUCAUCUGUGGUGUUUGCUCUUGGACAUUCAGUUAUUGCAUACAGAUCAAGUUGUAGAGCUAGAAGGAAACUCUUGUUUCACCGCAUUGACCCCGAUGCUGUCCGAGCCAAAGUUGUUUUUUCUGGAUACCAGAAGGUUCCACGUUCCCCAAUCCCUUCUGCUGGGAAGGCACCAAGAAGUGACAAUGGAUUGCGGACAAAAUCUGCACGAUUUGCUCAUGUUGAUGGUCAACUGCCUGUUAGAUUACUGGCUGAUUCUGACAGCUUAUUUAUCUCUUGUCUUGGACUUGCCAUUCAUUAUAAGAUAAGUUUGCCUGGUUCACCUCCCUGUUCCUUUUCCUCCAUGGCCUUUUUUGACAGGUCAGCGGUAAGUGGUUCAUCCAGAAAUGAACAGAAACUUCGAAGGAGCUUCAGUAACCAAUAUAAUUCUUCAUCUCUAUCUAUUCCUUUGCUCGAUACCUCUCCCAAAUCCCCUGUUAUGUUUGAAGAUAUACCUGUUUUGAGCCUAUCUGAGACAAGGUGUGAGGAUAAUCAGAUUAAUAACUUGCCAUAUCCACCAAACAUGAGAGAUUUGGAAGCAAACCAUGAGCAUGGGAUUGUUUUAGUACAUGGCUUUGGAGGUGGGGUCUUUUCGUGGAGAAAUGUGAUGGUCAUGCUAGCUCAACAAGUGGGUUGUACUGUGGUUGCUUUUGAUAGACCGGGUUGGGGGUUGACAUCAAGGCCCUGCCGUAGAGACUGGGAGGAAAAACAAUUGCCUAAUCCAUACAAGAUUGAUUCCCAGGUAGAUCUGCUUCUUUCUUUCUGUCUCGAAAUGGGGUUCUCCUCUGUUAUACUGGUUGGCCAUGAUGAUGGAGGGUUGCUAGCACUAAAGGCUGCUCAAAGAGUCCAGUCAUCCAUGGGCUCAAUUAAUGGGCAACCUGAUCUCGAUCGGCCUGGUCCCGAUUCCUGUCCAAGUCUCGGACCGGCUGGUCCUGGUGCGGUCUCGGUUCUAGUCAUGGAGCGGCUGGUCCCGAUUCGUGAAUGAUGAUGCCCGGAAUUUAUGGGUCACGGGUCCAGUCCCGGGCCAGUUCGGGCACACUGUUUUGAUUUUUUGUUUAAAUUUAGUAAUAUAAAUAACAAAUGCUAAACAUUAAACAUGAAAUGUAGAUUUAUUAGAAACUCUAAAUUGACUUAGAGUAUUAGACAUUUAUGAUUUACAAUUGAGAAUAGUUUAAAUACAUUUCCUAAUCGUCAGAACUCCUGACAGCGUCAAUUAUUGUUUCCUCUAUGAAGUGGCGGUCCGGUGUUAUGUUAACUUUUCAAUUUCUAUGGCCGGCCUUGAACAAAUCGUGGAAUCAAAUGAACAUCUCAAAAAAUGCAAUUGAGAGUAGAAUAAUUGAGUAGUAGAUUAGAAUUUAUAGAUAAGAGGGAGAAGUGCGAUUAUUAAAAUUGAGAUUGUAUAAUUAGAUUGAAUUUAAAUUGGUAAUAGCUUUUUGAUAAUUAAUCAUUUUUAUGGUUUGUUUUGUAUUUUUAAUCGAAUCCUUUUGUUUAAACUUUAUACAAUGUAUGAUUCAACUAAUUACAAAUUACUAAAUUAGUAAAGAAAUACAAUUAAAAUCGAAAGGAACAACUUCACCUAGGUUUACCGUCAAAUUUGGAUCAAAUGGGUUCACCGUCAAAAUAAUGGGGGGUUGUUGCCCUCUUUUUAGGAUCAUAUAAAGUGGGAUCUAAUCAUAAUAUGAAACAAUUCUUUACUAAUCGUUUUAUUAAUACGUAGUAUUUGAUAUAUUUCAACUAAUUUACAAAGUUAGUUAAUAAAUAAUAAAUAAAAUUAAUUGAAAUGAGCAACUUAACGGUUGGUAGUUUUGCUAACGUGGUUCACGUGAAUAAAGGGGGCAAUUGCCCUCUCAUGUGGGAUUUUAAAGAUUUUUGUCCAAAAAAAAAGUUCAGGGGCAUAGAUACCUUUUGUUGACAAGUUUAGGGGGCUUUUUGCCCCUUUUCCCUUUAUUAUGCAUAUAGGUUAUCAUCAAGGGGGUGGUAUUGCUGAGUGUGAGCUUGACAAGAGAACUGGUCCCUGGCUUUGCAAGAAUUUUGUUGCGCACGUCGCUUGGGAAAAAGCACUUAGUCGGGCCUCUUUUGCGAACUGAAAUAACUCAAGUGGUUAAUAGACAUGCGUGGUAUGAUGCUACAAAGCUCACCACGGAAGUCCUAAGUCUUUACAAGGCCCCGCUGUUUGUAGAAGGUUGGGAUGAAGCACUCCACGAGAUAGGGAAAUUAUCAUUUGAGACAGUUCUCUCCCCUGGCAAUGCAAUUUCUGUGCUAAAAGCGGUUGAAAACAUACCAGUACUGGUAGUUGCAGGUGCAGAAGAUGCACUUGUGCCAUUAAAAUCUGUUCAAAUAAUGGUGUCAAAAUUUGUAAAUUCAAGACUAGUCGCAAUAUCUGGUUGUGGACAUCUUCCUCAUGAGGAAUGUCCCAAGGCUUUGCUUGCAGCUAUGUCACCGUUCAUAAGUAGAAUAUUAGAGGCACCAGAAUCUUAACACGCACUACUGUUAGUGCAACUCUCAUCCUCUUCAAGUUAUGUUUCUCUAUUGUUUGGGAAAAAGGCAGAGUUUGUUGGUCUGGGCUCCUGUUUCCCUUUAGUUUUUGUAUUUAUCCAAAUCUUCAGUUCACUUGAAGAGGCAAAGUCCCAAGUUUUGUCUCUCCUUUUGGGCAAAUUUUUUGAUGAUGAUUAAUAUUAGGGCAUUAUGAUGAUUUUGUUUGUUUGUUUGUUUGUUUGUUUGUUUGUUUGUUUGAUACUCUCUAGGUAAGGUUUGUUUUGUCCAAGCAAACACGUUCUAUUGUUUGUCCACACGUUCUAUUGUUUGUUUCCGUCGUUGUUUGAGCAGAUCUUGUUGUAAACAGUGCUUCCUUCACAUAUUUGUUUCAGCCUCUAUCUCUCUUUUUCUCUCUGUUUAAUUACAUAACAAC